AUGGCAGAAACGGCAGCAAAGAGAGUCAAGACCUCCCCGGUCACCAUUGGAACCCACAAUGGCCAUUUCCACGCCGACGAAGCCCUAGCAGUCUACAUGCUCCGUCUGCUGCCCACCUACCAGAACUCGGAGCUCAUUCGAACGCGCGAUCCAGCCCUUCUGGCGACUUGCCACACUGUCGUGGACGUGGGCGGUGAGUACGAUGCGUCGGCCAAUCGUUACGACCACCACCAGCGCACCUUCAACACCACCUUUCCCAACCGCCCAACCAAGCUCUCGUCCGCGGGUCUAGUGUAUAUGCAUUUCGGCAAGGCCAUCAUUGCGCAGCAACUGGGCGUCGCGGAGGAUGCCGAGGAAGUCAAGGUGAUCUGGGAGAAGAUCUACGAGAACUUCAUCGAGCCCGUCGACGCGAAUGACAAUGGCAUCUCGGCAUACGACCCUAAGGGUAUCGCGGCUGCGGGGCUGGAGAAGAGGUUCCGCGACAGUGGUUUCACGCUGGGGGCGAUGGUCUCGCGGUUAAAUCCGAACUGGAACGACCCCGUCCCGUCGGAUCCUGUGGAGGCUCAGAAAGCGGAGGAUGAGAAGUUCUUGGUUGCGAGCACAAGGAUGGGCGAGGAAUUUUCCAGGGAUUUGGACUACUAUACGAGAUCAUGGUUGCCGGCAAGGGACAUUGUGCACAAGGCAUACGCAAAGCGGUUGGAGUAUGAUCCCAAGGGAAGGGUUCUGGUGUUUGAUGGACUUUCCGUACCCUGGAAAGACCACCUAUACACGCUCGAAGAGCAGAGUGGUGGUGCUGCCGAGGUCUUAUAUGUUCUCUACCCAGAGAAGCCGACUCCUGAUGCGAAGUGGAGAGUCCAGGCUGUCCCAGUCAGCAAGGACUCUUUCGAGAGCAGAAAACCACUGCCUGAAGCUUGGAGGGGCAUCCGGGAUGAGAAGCUGGAUGAGCUAACAGGCAUCCCCGGGGGAGUAUUUGUUCACGCUGCGGGAUUCAUUGGCGGCAACAAGACGUUCGAGGGUGCCAAGGCAAUGGCUCUGAAGGCACUUGAUCUUUGA